CAGCGUUGCGUGCAGGAUCUCUGCGUCUCUGGAUAUCUCCGCUGUCUCUCUGCUGCUCUGAAGACUGUGGUGGAUCCAGACGGCGGGGAAUGGAGCGGCCCGACAGAGCAACCCUCCCACUACCUUUCUCCCUGCAGCGCGCUGACCUUAGACCUCCGCUGUACUAGCAGGAACAAGACAGAGACAAAGACGUCCCUCCUAUUUUGGACUCUGAAGUACAUCUUGGAUGAGAGACAAAAAGAACCGUGAGAACGAGAAAUAAAAGGAAACAGAGACAACGUGGACAUCCCGUGAGGAUCGAGAGCCUCGGGGUGGUCCCAUCAUGAAACCUGCGGGCCCCCCCUCCGGCCUGCUGCUGGUGCUGAUGUGCUGCCCCCUGCUGGGCCUCGUCCAGUCCGCCAGCAGCAACAAGGCCAGCGAUAACGCACACCCGCACCUGGGGGACUCGGACCCAGAGCGCUGCAUGAGGCACCACUUUGUGGAGACCAUCACACACCCGAUUUAUAAGUGCAACUCCAAGAUGGUGUUGCUGGCGCGCUGCGAGGGCCACUGCAGCCACACGACCCGCUCAGACCCCCUCAUCUCCUUCAGCUCGGUGCUCAAACAGCCCUUCAAGAGCACCUGCUCCUGCUGCCGGCCGCACACCUCCAAGCUGAAGGCGGUGAGGCUGCGCUGCGCCGGCGGGACUCGCAUCACGGCCACUUACAGAUACAUCCUCGCCUGCAACUGCGAGGAGUGCAGCUGAGUGCGGAGCAGCAACCCUCCCAGACCCUCAAGACUCAGAAGAACCCAGGAUCCUCUUGGCUUCGGGCCUCGCUCUUCAGCUAUCCAGAGCGUUUUUUGUUGAUUAUUGGAUCCGGAAAUUACCCCGAAGGACGGCGGCUCAAGAUGUUGUUGUCUUGGGAGUGAUAGUUUGGAGCGAUCGUACCACCCUCACGCAGACCUUAAAACUGACCCGCGGCCUCUGGGACUCACACUCAGCAUACUAUACCCUCUCCAUUAUGUGCAUCCAAUCAGCGCAAGAGCAUAUUUCUGCAGCGCACGAGGUCAGACGCCACAAACUGCCGCUCCCAUGGGCCACUUGGAGACCCUCCUCGCCGCGGAGCCGCGCUGCGCUCAUUACAGGCCUCCGUGAUUCAUAACACACAUGCUCACAAACCGCAGUAUGAGAGCUCAUUACAGAUAUCUGCAGCAGCUUUCCGCCAGCUCCAUAAAAACCCGGCCGCGCAUGUGACAACAAAACAACACGCCUCGUUAAAAGCGCAGGAUGAGGCUGGAUGAGAGCGAGCGAGGGGGGCCACGUGAGCCCGGACAUGUGGCGGACCUAUAGAGGAGCACCUGCGCCGCCUCUUAUUUACCCAAUAACAUUUUACACACAACCCGCAGACUUUCAUCUGGCUGUGUAAAACAUGAGCGACGCUGACAGCGGAGCUCAUCAGGCGAACGAUAAAAGAGCGGCAGCAGACGUGUAAGAGGAGCUCAGAGGGUGAAAGAGGAGCGGGGAUGAAGGUUGGGCCAGCGUCUGGGUGGUCGUGCAGACCGUCAGCAGACUUUCAGUGUUUAAAUGUAAUCUAUUUGGAUCUUUGGGAUGUUCCUGUUAUUGAAACUGUAGCUGCAGAGUUUAUGAAACCGCUGCUUUCGCCUGUCGUGUAUCGUUACUAAUGAAAUGUUCAGUGUUUUGACCCGCAGAAAACGUUCCUGUCGCUCUGCAUAC